GUCGAUCCGAAUAGGACCUCCGGAUUUCAGUCUGCGCAUGAUUUUCGCCAGCCGGACUGGUUGGUCGAUUCUGCGCCGCCUAUGCCAAAUCUAUCUGUGGAACGUGCCCCGUCGCUCCAGACGAAUCGGCAUACAGCUCCAGUGACACCGCGGCAGAGAACACACAACUACCAACGAGAAAGUAGCGACACGAACUGGGGCGCUCCCGCAGCCGAAAUUCAGGCUUCGACUCCACCUCUAUUUGCAACGCCGAAACGAGCUCCAGUCCAAGAACAGCACAGUGUUAUUCUUUUAAAGAGCGAAGAGCGUACUGGUAAGGCUACGGAUUUGGCGACUGCUUCUAUCGGGCGACGUUCUAUCAACGCGGAUAUGUUACUUACGGAGCUGUUUCGUAAGGCGAUGGAGACGAGCAGCCCCUCUGCGAUGAAAUUUCGCCACCCCGAGUACAAUUCUAUUAGGAAACCUGAGGCUGAAGGUCCGGACCCUAUCAAGGCACUCGUGGCAGAGACUGCGCACCCAGUGAAUCAGGCGGAGAAGAUCAUGGAGGGAGACUCCCCUCGGGUCAAACUGCCAGCCCCAUCGACGCCUCCGAUGAGGACCUCUCCUAACCCUAUACACAAGUCCCCAACAGCGCGGAUGGAAGAAGACCACACUAUACGCCAGAGUUACAAACCCCCGGGUGCGCGGACGCAAGAAGACCACACUUUACGCCAGAGUUACAUGCUCCCAGCAGCACGGACGGAAGAAUAUUCCACUACACACCAGAGUUACUUGGCCCCUGCAACACGGACCGAAGAAGACCACACUAUACCCCAGAACUACAAGCCUCCUCAUCAGCGCCUUAAUGAAAACAACCACAACGCGAUAACUAUGCAGAAGCUGCCUAUCCACCACGCUUCCUCACUGAAUAGGCAUUCGAACCCUUGCACGCCGCCUUCUCCACGCGCAAUUGAAUUGUUGGAAAGAAGUAAACGCAUCCGUCAUUUAGAACGACUUCUUUCAAGGGAGCGUGAUCUUCCGAUCAGCAUGACCGGGCUUACUGUGCCGUCACCCAAGCCGGCCCAAGUGCUGCAGCCCAUCGGACCGUGGGGAGCUUCUGACGAAAAGGCGUUCCAUGAGCGCGGCGCGAUCAACCCCGGUACUAAUACCAAUCAGUCUUUGGAUCUCGUGGGCGUAAUGCAGGCGAUGGGCUUGGACAUCUCUUCGAGGAAGGAUACUUUGGCUGCGCUCGGAAAUGGCAAACCAUCUAGCCGUCCAAGCGUGCGAAGACAGUCAGGUACUAUGUCGAUGGAGGACACCGUCGUGCGUAAUGACUUGGCACGCGCAGUUCGUUCACAGGGCUGGAAGUCGCCCCGAGGAAGCGGAGGUGGAGGAUAUAGCGGUCAGUCAUCGGAGACGAACGCGCGGUGGACGCGCUAUACAUAGAUAGAGGUCCCAGUUACGUUAACAUCAUGUGCGGCCUUCGCUGGUAAUCUUACGUUGGCCCGUGCACAUCGUAUUUGGGUGUAUGUUUGUGAUGUCAUGAGAGAAAAUUUGCUUGACAUUGACAGUGAG